AUGCAAGCUGCUCAAUUAUCCUGGGAGCUCGAAAAUGCCGUCACCCUAAUUGAUCCCCAGCGCGAUGCCCUCUACAAAUACGACGAAGCCACACACAAAUCUCUCAGCGACGCCCGCCCAUGGGCCAAGGACCCGCACUACUUCAAAUCAAUCCGCAUCUCCGCCGUCGCCCUUCUAAAAAUGGUCAUGCACGCCCGCUCCGGCGGCUCCCUCGAAGUCAUGGGUCUAAUGCAAGGCUACAUCCUCCCGAACACAUUCGUCGUAACAGACGCCUUCCGCCUCCCAGUCGAGGGCACAGAGACCCGAGUCAACGCGCAGGACGAAGCGAACGAGUACAUGGUCUCAUAUUUGCAAUCGUGUCGUGAAGCAGGGAGGAUGGAGAACGCUGUCGGGUGGUAUCACAGUCAUCCGGGCUACGGAUGCUGGCUUUCGGGCAUCGAUGUCUCAACGCAAGAUAUGCAGCAGAUGAGCGGGCCGUUCGUUGCUGUUGUCAUCGACCCCGAGCGCACCAUCUCCGCGGGAAAAGUAGAUAUCGGCGCGUUUAGGACUUUCCCUAAGGACUAUAAGCCGCCCAAGGAGGCGCACGACGAAGACGAGUAUCAAACCGUCCCGCUCAACAAGGCAGAAGACUUUGGAGCGCACGCGUCGCAUUACUACUCACUCGAAGUGUCCCUCUUCAAAAGUGCACUUGAUACAGAGAUUCUCUCCCUCCUUUGGAACAAAUACUGGGUGGCAACUCUCAGCCAAAGUCCCCUCUUCACCACCCGCGACUACGGAAGCAAACAGAUGCUCGAUCUCAGCCAGAAAACCCGCCGGGUAGCUCGCGGCAUCGAAACAAAUCCGUCCCGCGGUGGCGCCCCAACGCAAAUCAAAGAUCAACAACUAGAGCGGGUAGUAAAGGACGGCCAGCGGAUUGUAUCGGAGGAAGUCAAGGGUCUGUUAGCCGCUGAAGUGAAGAUGCAGCUGUUUCAGGCAAUCGGAGAAAGCCCAACGGCAGAGUCUGCUUAG